UAUUUUUCAAAACAUUGCAUUCAGUUACAUUGUACUAAAUGGUCGUGAAUAUGAAGUGUGUAAUAAGUUUCAUCAUUUUAAUAAUUCCAUUAAGUCUUGCAAUAAGUUCUGAUUAUGUGUAUGAAUUCGGCACUGAUCAGGGACAAGUAAUCUAUACAAAAGACGGCACAAUUUACUUCUUCCAGCAAGAUACUAAUAUUGAUAUUCCUGUCCCCACUGAUAUGACCGUAACAUAUGUCAAAGUCACUGUAAAUGCUUUAUCACCGCCAAAAGUGGAUUAUGACAAUCUGUACCACAGAGUAUCAAUAAAAUACAGCUGGGUGCAAAUUACACAAUCAACAUACAAUAUCAUUGUUAAAGGAAUUCCACAGUCUUAAAAUAAAGCAAAUGUUAAAUAAUAAAAUUUCAAAAUAAACGUUU